CGCGGCGCGCCUCUUCGCUCUGUUUCGACGCCGUGCGCUCUGCUUCCCGGGUGCCGCCUGACUCGCGGGGAAAGAAAAAAAAUAACGCGCGCAUUUUUGUUCGAGCUGUUCGACGACGGUUCUUUUGAAAGGUUUGCUGCGCUUGAAAGAUAUUGGCCCUCGAGCGUUGCGCUAGAAGAUAAAGUUUAGCUGAUCCACGCCCGUCCGUGUACAAGUUUGCCGCCGGGUUCGUUGAAACUGAAACCGAGCUUUCGCCUUGGCUAGGAGAAGCGGUGGGUGUCCAGCAGCCCGUCCUUCGCCCCAUCACAUUUCCUGAAGAAAACAGAAGCGACACCCGGACGCGAUGCGUGUGUCCGUCUUUCUGCUGGCGCUGUGUCUGCCGGCGGUACUGCUGCUUCCGGCGAGGCACCCCCGGGGACCCAACGUCCACCGCGAGUUCUGGAGGCAGAAGCUGCACGUCAUCGCGACCUUCUUUCGCAGGCUGGGCAGUGAGGCGACGAUGAUUGCGGCGACCAACCACUUCCUGCCAUACUGCGGAGCGUGCAAGCUGGCCACGUCAGUGGUACAGCAGUACAUAAAGCAGGACAAGUCGGAGGAAGAGAUGGUCUCCUUUCUCAGGACCGCCUGCAAGAUGUUCAGCAUCACGACGCCCCGGGUCUGCGACGGCAUCAUUUCCCACUUCAAGGAGGAGUUCUUCUUCGUGCUAAAGCACACCAAGAUGGACUCGACUCAGAUCUGCGGCACUGUGUUCCCGGACGAGUGCGAGGGCCACGCCGCCGUCAACUGGACCGUGCCGCUGCCUCCGCAACGGACACCCCGGCCGGACCCUGUGCCGGCCCCGAGUAGCGGCGCGCCAACGUUGCGGGUGCUGCACCUGAGCGACACGCACGUGGACAUGGGCUACGAGGAGGGCUCUUUGGCCAACUGCGAGGAGCCCUUGUGUUGCCACGCCAACGACGGCAGGCCCAAGGGGCCGGAACAUGUGGCCGCCGGACACUGGGGCUACUUCAAGAACUGCGACAUCCCACCCAGGACCUUCGAGAGCAUGCUCAAGCACAUCCGGGACAGCCAAAAGAUCGACUUCGUAAUCUGGACGGGGGACAUUGUGGCCCAUGACAUCUGGAACACUUCCCGGGCAAGCAAUCUGGCCGUCAUAGAUUACACCACGAAGACGCUGGCCAAGUAUUUGGACCCCAGCGGCGUGCCCGUUUUUCCAGCCCUCGGAAAUCACGAGGGAGAACCUGUGGACAGCUUUCCGCUGCCGGAAGUGAAGGGGAACAUGUCCAUCUCCUGGCUGUACGACGCCCUGGUCGAGCAGUGGAGCCACUGGCUGCCGGAAUCUACGGCCAUCACGCUCAAGCGAGGAGGUUUCUACGCAACGAAAGCUUUCCCUGGACUCAAGAUCGUUUCUUUGAACAUGAACUACUGCAACAGUUUGAACUGGUGGCUGCUGCUGAAUUCCACAGAUCCUGCCGACGAACUUUUGUGGCUCGUCGAACAGCUCCAGGAGUCAGAGAUCCAAGGAGAGAAGGUUCACAUUAUCGGUCACAUCCCACCUGGAAUUGGCGACUGCCUUCAGGUCUGGAGCGAAAACUACCACAGGAUAAUUUCUAGGUUCGAGGACACCGUCCGCGGCCAGUUCUUUGGGCACACACACAUGGACGAACUCGAGCUAUUCUACGACCCGACAGACCCCAAGCGGGCCAUGGGCGUGGCCUACCUGGCACCCAGCGUCACCACUUUCAAUUCGGGGCAUCCAGCCUUCCGUGUGUACACUAUCGAUGGAAACUAUCCCAACAGCACCUGGAUGGUGCUAGACCACGAAACGUACAUCAUGAACCUGACGGAGGCCAACGCCAGCCCCGAAGCCCAGCCCGUCUGGAAAGCGGAAUACUCGGCCAAGAGCGCCUACGGCAUGGCCUCGUUGCAGCCGCAGGAGUGGGACAGGACUCUCAGGAAGAUGCAGGACGACGACGUCCUCUUCGACCGCUUCUACCGGUACUACAGUAAGCAGAACCCCCUGGAGGAACCCUGCAACACGGCGUGUCGCACGAAGGUCCUGUGCGAACAAAGGACGGCGCGGUCAUCCGAUUUGCGAUUCUGCUAGCCUGUGCCGACAGACCCCUAGCAUCAAUAGGAAUACUCAGCAGCGAAACGGCUUUUCGCGGGGCAGUGUUUCGCUACAGCAGCUGAAAAACGUGGUUUACAAUGCGCUACAAGGAGCGAGUGAGCUACAUGUGUUAUUGUGUUUGUCUAUCGGGCACACGUGUGCAACGGCUCGAAUUUGUUAGUAGAACUUUCUUUGUACAAAAAUAAAUAAACGUGCUUAGUACCAACGCUCACUUCAAAA